UACAACGUUUUGCCCUGGGAAGAUGACCAGUUGAGCGAGGGUAUAUUGCAUUUAUGAUAUAGAAACGUUACUUUUGCCAGACUUUUGUUUCGAGUUUCUUUCUGCUUGUAAACAUAUAUUCCUCUCCUUCCAUACUUUCGUGAUUCAUUAAUGUGAUUUUACUUCGAACAUCAACAUGGCAACAUCACAAGAGGCCAUCGAUGCCUUUAAUGCGGCUGGAACAGCUCUUCCAGAUAUACAAGAUGAUGCUUCAUCAAAUCCGAUCGAAGUCGAUGUAAUGUCCCUGAGCUAUCAUCCAAAAACCAAGCUUACCAGUGAAGGACAACGAUGCACUUGAGAAUGAUUCCGCAUUUGGUGGACCUGCGGCGUAGGUAAUCACUACUUGCUCUGAGUGGGGACUAAUGCCAGAAAAGUAGCAAUACGAGUAAGACUUCGUUGACAUCUGGAAUCACACGAUAUAGGUAAGUGCCUCUUUUACUUCUACUGGAAGUCCUCAAGCUGAUUCGCGUUGUUUCAGGGAAGAAGUAUGGCUGUGUUUAGUAAACCGAAGCAACCAAAUGUACUCACGCCUUCUAGAAUGGUCGGAGAUACCACGCUUACAGAGAUGGAAAAUAUUUAAUGGUACAACAAUCCUUGAUACUUCCAUCAAAAAAUACUAAAUAGUCAAGCCGAACGAUGACGACGAACAAGAUCGUAUGGACCUGGUAUGUAUACAGAUUUUGAAUAUUAGAAGAAUGGCCUAAUAAAUCUAAUAAGCUUCAUCACGUUUUCAACCUCGUUUUAGAUGGCAAAUUAUACUUGGCCCCGAUUGAGGAUCCUCAACGAGUACUUGAUGUUGGAACCGGUACUGGAAUUUGGGCAAUUGAUUUUGCUGAGUAUGGUCUUGUCGCUUCAACAGAAGGUAUAUAUCUAACACCGGUUUCCAGCCAAUAUCCCUCAUCACAUGUGGUGGGUUGUGAUUUAUCUCCAAUUCAGCCUGGCUGGUAUGUCUUCCCUCCUUUACGGAUGUUUGCUAAGCAUAUUGCAGGAUACCACCAAAUCUUGAAUUUGAAGUAAGGGUCGCCGAUAUAAGCUUACUAGAUGAGACUACUUACCAAAAUUAGAUUGACGACGUCGAAGAUACGUGGCGCUAUGGUCAGAAAUUUGAUUUCAUACAUAUCCGCUCUUUGGGUGGUUCCAUCGCUUCUUGGUCUGUUGCACGAUCUUACUCCAAGAUGGAAUGAUUGAUGAUUACAACAUUAUACUAACUAUUAAAUUCACAGGCCUCAUCUUCUCCAACAAGCUUUUGACAAUUUGAACGAGGGAGGUUAUAUCGAGCUUGUAGAUUUCGAAUAGUCUGUGUCUGCUUCCUUUCAGCUUCUUCCACAUCCCUGUCCACAUAACUCGAAGAGUUCUGACUUGAAUUUGGAAUACAGCCAUGGAUACUCGGAUGACGGGACAGGAGAUGUACGUAUCAUCCAAACUUGAUUAUAACACAACGUUCAUCUGAUCAAUAAAUAGUUAGCCCCAUCCUUCCAAAAGUGGCAGGCGGGCCUUGACGAAGCAUCGAAACUAUUCGGAAGAGAAUUAAAUGUCGCAAUGAAAUUUAGAGAUUGGUUAAACGAAGCUGGAUUUGAAGCGGUUGUCGAGAGACAUUGGAAAGUAGGUGGCCAUUUUCUAUUCUGUGUGACAGCAACGGAUUCGAAUGUUAGAUCUAUUUUCAGGGGUCAUCAGACGACUAGACUAGCCAGAAUGAUUAUGGCCCCUAGACCGGCUUCGGUGAAAAAGAUCAAUAUCCCGUUUCUCUUCUCACUAACAUAUACCCCAUUCCUUUACUCUCUUUAAUCAACCCACAUCCUACUAACCACCAUCCGUCUAGCUACCCAUGGCGCCCUGGGCCCGCGACCGCCGCAACAAGGAAAUUGGCCUAUAUAUGCAGCAGAAUAUGUUAGACGCAACUGUCGCAUAUGGAAUGGCGCAUUUCACACGGAUAUUAGGAUGGACACCUGAAGAGUUAGUGAUUUCUUGCCUCCCACCCCUUCACUUCUCUUUCAUUAUCAAACCAUAUCCCUAUAUUUCCGUACCGCGAUUAAUUAGGUUGAUCGCAAAAUGAAGUUCUUGAUACAGACUCUAGACUAAAAACCUCAGAUACCAGGUUCUCGCCGCCGGCGUACGCAAUGAAUUCAAAGACAGCAGAGUCCAUAAUUGGUGUAACAUGUAUAUAGUAUAUGGAUGCAAGCCGAUGGGAAGUGGAGCGGAAAGAAAUGCUCCUGCCACGGGAGCUCCUGUGCUGUCUGGAUUUGACGCGUCUCCUGAUACCGCGGCGAAAUUGAUUGGAACAGAGCUGAAUACUGGUUACAAUGUUACGGAGAGGAAAAUUGGAGAUGGAAAGAAUAUUGAGGGGCGGAAGAAAGUAGGCGAUGGAAAUAUUGAAGAGAGGGAUAUAGCAUCUGCCGUUAAAGAGGCCGGGGAGAAUAUUAUGGCGCAAGGAAAGGGAAAAAGCAAGGUUUUGGAGGUUGUUAAGGAGGGCGUGGGGAAGGAGAAAGGAAAAAGUGGGAAGAAGUGAGGUUAGACGUGGAUUUGAAGAGAUAAAGGGAUAAGACGGGGUAGACGGGACAUGGAUGGUAGCAGUGACUUUACAGCUUUAAUGAAGCGAGUCAACAUGGUAAUGCAAUGGAACAAGAAGAACCACUGGUCGGGAUGCAGGGAAAAAGUAAAGUAAAUCACAAAUCAAUUUCAUCAUCUCAUCUAGAGUAAUUAG